UACAUGCAUGUAUAUCUAUCGAUAUCCCUGGCUUAAGUUCUGUGAGAAGUCCGUACAUGUCAAGUGGAACUCUGGAAAGUUUGAGUGCCAAGAAUACUACGUGAGUGCAUGUGUAGAUAUAGUGGGACAUAAUUAUGUGCAAGCAUGCAUUAAAUGCGUUUUAACCAACUUUUCAUCUACAGCUAUAUAUAUAAUUAGUAAUUAUAUAGUGAUGUGCUCAGAAUUUAUACUUAUCACACAAAUUUAAUACCAGUUAUUACCAGUAUAUAAUUAUUGUCUAGUGCAUACAAACCACCACUGACCAUACUAGCAGUGACCAUGCAGCUCGGGCAUAUCCCACAGAAUGAUUCUCAGCACUGUAUAAUUGUUUUUUCCCAAAAUUAUAUUUUCGAUCUAUCUGAAGCGCUAGCAUAAAAUGUCCAAACAGUGAGAGCAAUACACGCAGCCCGAUAAACUCUGAUGCCAUGCAAAGAUAUAUAAUAGUAAGACAACUGAUACCAGCAGCUGAGAGAGCCAGUACCUGUAACAUAUACCAGAUCCUCCAUCGCAAAAGCAAUGAGCAAGAUAUGCAGCUGGUGAAGUUUGUUGACACUAAUUAUGCUAAGUGUAUAUGCAUGUGAUCGUGAACAGGUGAAGCCAAUGUUAUACAUUUCAUAACUUCUGUUAAUUCACAGUCAUGUUAAAAUGUUAAAGCUGCUAUUCGUGUAGAAAUAUUGGGCACUUUUAAUUCAUCAGUUUUUUGAAGCAGUAAAGUAUAAUUAUGUUAAGCAACGCAAACAUCCUGUAUGUGAAUUGCUCAGUCUAUCAACCGUCUCUAAGGGCAUUCUCGUCAACUAAAUUAGUCCCUUUUUUGUUGUAUAGGUUUUGAAUUUACCACAAAUUCUUAUUGUCAGGAUUCCUUUUAUAGGGUUUUACAAAGCUUGCAUGCAUAUCAGUGCUAGCUAUACUGAGUUGAAUAUCUACACAAGUAAAAGAAUUGACUUAAGGAAUGAGUAUAGUAGUACUAUUGUGUGUUUUGUUAGUCCAACUAACUACUGGUGUACAGACCAUCUCUGGUCACUACACUGUAGCAACAGGUUUUAGCAAUUCCUCACAGUGUCAACAAUUGUGCUUUUGUCAAAAUGAUGUCUUUGAUUGCAACUACACUCACCCUACUGUGCUAACAAAGAAAGGAGAGACGUUCGCACUGAGUGUUGCAGUUGUGGACAAGGUGGGCAAGUCAGUCAAUGCUACGAUCAUUAGUUCACUUAAACUAAACCGUGGUGAGAUUGGAUCGGUUAAAGGAAGCCAGCAAAGACGACGAGUUAAAGACAGAUGCACCGAGUUGGAGUACACAAUUUACUCUAGUAAUGACCAUCGAGCUGUGAUAGAGAUUAAUGCUGAUAAGAGUUUUUGCUGUGACCAAACAACUUUAAUGAAAGAAGUGAAUGUUACGUUUCUUCCGUUUACGUGUCCAAUCGGACUUGAACCACACUCCAGAGUUAUUGAUUACACAUGUAUCUGUGAUAAACUAAUAAAACAAUACGUCAGCAAAUGCUCCUUACAAAACAGUACCUGGUCCAUUGAAAUGAACUCAGAUCUAUAUGAUCACUGGAUCAAGUAUGUGUAUGCCAAUAUCACUGGAUCAUGGUUUCUUGUAGCUUCAGUGUGUCCUUAUGAAUAUUGCCGGAAACAUCCACUCAACAUCACUCUUGCUGGUUUAAUUGAAACAGAUGAGCAGUGUGCCUACAAUAGGUCUGGGGUAUUGUGUGGUGGGUGUCCUCAAGGACUUAGUCUUGUGUUUGGCAGCGAAAAAUGUGUGCAAUGCUCGAACUACUACCUCCUCUUGAUCGUACCGUUUGCUUUGGCUGGUAUUGUACUCGUGGCAUUCAUUCUUUUGACUAAUAUGACUGUUGCAACAGGGACUAUCCAUGGGCUCAUCUUUUAUGCAAACAUUGUUUCAACGAAUCAGACCCUUUUUUUUCCAUUUGAAAAUUCGAACUUUCUUACUGUGUUCAUAUCGUGGUUAAACCUUGACUUGGGAAUUGAAACCUGUUUUUACGAUGGAAUGGACUCGUAUGGAAAGCUAAUGCUCCAACUUGUGUUUCCAGCAUACCUUUUUCUACUGAUCCUUGUAUUUUUGGUUUUGCAUGAUCGCUCACAAAAAGUUGCUCGGAUAAUUGGUAAAAUGAAUCCUGAGGCAACACUUUACACGCUCAUACUUCUCUCCUAUUCCAAAUUAGUUCGAAUUAUAAUUGAAGCUUUACAGCUCGCAUACCUUGGAUAUCCUCAAAACAAGUUUGUCUGGUUUUACGAUGGCAAUGUGUCGUACUUUGCGUUUAGCCACAUUCCACGAUUCCUAGUAGCCUUUAUCAUCACUCUCUUUGCCGCUGUGUACAUUGUAAUGCUUUCUUGUGGGCAGGUAUUUAGCCGUUACUCCAAAUAUAAGCUCUUCAAAUGGACCACACACAAGUACUGCAUUCACUUUAUGAAUGCACAUCAUGCUCCCCUCAAUAAUGACCAUCGCUACUGGGUGGGACUGCUCCUGCUAGUAAAACUUGUUUAUUUCCUACUCUCCACACUGUUCUAUGCUAAUGUUGAUGUUGUCGGAUUAUUGUCUGCAAGUUUGGCAUUUAUCAUGCUACUUCUCAAGUUGUUGAACAGAGCAUAUACAAAACGUUCUACUAACUUCCUUGAGACAUUGUUUUUCAUCAAUUUACUUGUGAUUUCCAUUGUAGUAGCAAAUUCAAGGACUUUGAUAAGCAAGAAUAUUCAUUUCAUCUUGGCAUAUCUAUCAAUGUCUAUUGUCUUUGUUUUGUUUAUUGUUAUGACAGUAUUGCACACUUGUGGAAAGCGUUUGAGCAAAACCUAUGCAACAAUACGAAUGCAAUCUGCUAUUAGAGUUUCACAGCAAGAAGAAAGGGAACAUCUUGUUGAAGACAUCAAAAGUGAGACAGCUGAUGAUCAGCUGAGAGAGCCAGCACUAGACAUUCUGAUUCCAGUUCAACCAGAAGAUUACAACAUACCCGAUCCACCGUCCCCUACGAUACAAACCAGACAGAUGACUACAUUUGUCGACAUUAGGUAGUUUAGUGAAUGAUUUAAUGUUUCUCUGAGUUUUACAGCCAGUUAGAUCUAUAGACUAUCAAUGUCAGAAUAUAAAGUUAGCUGUCUAUAGCUGAAUUCUAUAUGGCAGAUUCUUUUGUCUUCGUAUCUAUCAUAUCAUGUAAUCCUUCUGUAUUCAUGUAUUGCUAUAGAUCUAGAUAUCCAUAACAUGUGGUCAAACCAAACACAUGUCAGGUGUUCUUGCUAUGAUUGUUUCUGAUUACUAUUUAAGGCAGUUUCCUGUGUUCUUACCCCUGUGAUGACACACUCCCACUUAUGGUCAUGACAUUGUGUGCAUGUGUCUAGUUGGCUCAUUAUCAGUUCAGACUAUAAUUAUAUGGAUCUAUAGCUAUAGUCCAAUGAUGUAUCUACAUAGCCAUUGUUUAGUCAGUUGCCUAUUUGCAUCCAUUGCCAUCUCAGGAGUGAUCUCUAAGCAACCUCUCUACUUGCUGUCCUAUACUAACUCUGAAGACUCUAUUGUGAAUCCAUUUGAAAGCUCAUCCCUAACUAUUGCUGCACAGUUGGCAGUGAACCACAUCAACAACAAUUCAGACUUACUUUCAGGCUAUGAACUACGUUUAAUCAGCCAAGACAGUGGAUGUAUUGCAUUAAAUUAUGUGUCUUUGUUUAGACAUUUCAUUUACAGCCACAAGAACAUUACCGGCAUUCUGGGGCCUGGUUGCUCAGAACCUUCCAUCACUCUAGGCUCGGAGAUUAUCACGAUGCCAAUGCUACAGACCUUAUCAGUCGGUAUAUCUGCAACUCAAACAUUGGAGCAACAGCAUUUUGUGAACUCGUUUAGUACGCUCGACUCUACACGACUUAUAGUUAAAGCUUUGCUAAAGAUUAUUAGCGAUAAUAACUGGACCAGAUUGUUUAUCGCAUUCGAUUCUACGACCAAUUACUAUACUAAAAUAUUCGAGCAACUCAAUUCAAGCUUACCAAGAACUGACUUUAAAUUACAAUACAUUGCUCUGCACAAUAGUACACUUGAGUUUGAUCCUGUUGGUGCUGCACCAGAUUGUGUUGAAAAUCCACGGAUCUUCAUUGUCAUAGCUGGCUCAGAAAUAGUGAAAAGGAUAGUUUGCCUCUUUGACAAAAAUUUUAUGGGAAUCUUAUACCCCACGUACCAGUUUGUAGUAGUUGGUCAAACGUUGGAGUCUUUAGUAACUGAUGUAACUUUUGAAUUGGUUACUUUUAUCAAUGACACUGUUCGUACACAUGCAGUUUUUGAGUGCUCUUCGGAUGAUAUUGAAACUCGGCUUAUUGGUUCUAUUUUUCUUCUCUACAACGUUGUAGCCAAUACCACAAACACACUCUCCGGCUUGUCACAUUCACAAUUUGUUGAGGAAUACAAUCGUAACAUUCAAACUUAUAACAAUGAAAACUCAAAUAACCUGCUUCCUAGUUUCUAUGGUGCUCCUUUUUACGAUUCUGUUUGGGCACUUGCAUUAGCUCUUAAUCGCUCAGCUACUGAUUUGGGGGGAAAUGGACUAUCUGAUCUUUCAGAUUAUAACUAUGGCGAUAAAAACUCAACUGAGAUAAUUCGAAACCAUUUGCUAUCAGUUGAUUUUCCAGGAAUUUCUGGGAGGAUUAGAUUCAGCAGGAAUAAUACAUUUGUUCCACGGGUUGUCGACAUCUUUCAGGUUCGAAAUAACAAACUGAUAUUAUUGGAAUACUACAUGUACAAUGUCACAGAAGACGAUGUCACAGAAGACGGGCUAUUUGCGUAUGGAAACGAAACCAUCACGGACUAUAUCGGUGACACGUUUAAACUAGUCACUGAGAAACCUUUAUACACGGGGGUUGUACUGAUGGUGACUAUCGUGUUAAUUUCGAUACUUCUGAUAGGGUUUCAAUUGUUGAGUGUUGUGUAUGUAAAGCAUCCGUCCAUUAGGGCAACUAGCCCGAGGGUAUACCACUUAACCUACAUUGCUUGCUACAUACUUCUGAGUGCUUGUGUUUUAAAGAUAGUAGCUUUCUCUUUCAACUUACCCGAAUACAGCCUAAAAAGUGAAUGUAGGAUUGAUCAAUUGGCGGAGUUUCUAUUCGGGACGAGUGAUGUUCUCUUGUAUGCAACUUUGGCCGCUAUUUCAUUUCGUAUUUACCGGAUAUUUGUCCACUAUAUGAAUCCAGGAAAGUUUAUUCAGAAUUCGUACUUGAUAUCCUUCAUUGCAAUCAUCACUCUUCUUUACAUUGUAUGCGAUGCAGUAACGAUUGCACUAACUAUUGAAGAUCCGCGUAUAGAUUGCUCGAACAUUACUGGGAGUGUGAUGACUGUUGACAUUAUUUGUAACGUUCAGUUUGAAUGGUAUAGACUUCCUAACGUCGCAUUUCCAAUUGUACCGAGUGUUUUAGCUUGUGUUUUUUCACUUUUAGGAAGCAAGAAAGUGUCAAUAAAUAAGUUUAAAACUACUUCCUUUGCAUUGCUCUGUUUCAUCGCCUAUCUCAACGUAGCCACAUUGACCCUGUUCUAUUUAACCAAUGCUACCUCACCAACCCCUGCACUAGUGAUUGGAUCCAAACUAGCUUUGGUUAUUUGUUGCAUACUUCUUCUCUAUCUACCUCCGAGUUGGCCCAUCUUCAAGGAAUGGUACACCGGCUCUCGCUUGGAGCAGUAUUAUGUAUCAACCCGUUCUUGUCAGGAAACAGAUAUCAAGCCAAAAAUAACAAUUACGUUAGCUGCUGAAAACAAACUGAAUGAAGUAAACUCAUCCACAAUUUAAUAGUAAUUGUAUUUUAAUUGUAUUUAUUUCCUGUUCACUCUCAAAUUCCACAUAUACCCUUUCAUGUUAUACACACGUCACAAAAAAAAUCAUCUGAUCCAAAUUAAAAUCAAAUCAAUACAUCUGAA